CCCGUCCACGACCGGUGCCCCGCCGCUCAGCAUAAUCGAAUUGGCCCAUUGGUGUCUCCGCAGUGAAUAUGGCGGAUGCGGAAGGGGAGUCGCUGGAGUCGUGGCUCAACAAAGCCACCAACCCAUCCAACAGGCAGGAAGACUGGGAGUACAUUAUAGGAUUCUGUGACCAAAUCAAUAAGGAAUUGGAAGGCCCACAGAUUGCUGUGAGAUUGUUAGCCCAUAAAAUCCAGUCCCCACAAGAAUGGGAGGCGAUACAGGCUUUGAUGGUUUUAGAGGCUUGCAUGAAGAACUGCGGGAAAAGGUUCCACAAUGAAGUUGGGAAAUUUAGGUUUCUAAAUGAACUCAUCAAAGUGGUGUCACCUAAAUAUCUAGGUGACAGAGUGUCGGAGGUGGUGAAGAAGAGAGUGGUAGAUAUGCUUUUCAGCUGGACACUCUCUUUACCCAAUGAGGCCAAGAUCAGUGAUGCUUAUCAAAUGCUGAAGAAACAAGGUAUUGUCACAGUUGACCCUGAGCUUCCUCUGGAUAAGACACUGAUGCCGUCGCCCUUCUCCCGGCCCAAGAACCCUGUGUUUGAGAACGAGGAGAAGAGCAAGCGACUGGCCGAGCUUCUGAAGAGCAAAAAGCCUGAGGAUCUACAGGAAGCCAACCGCCUCAUCAAAAACAUGGUCAAAGAGGAUGAGGUGAGGCUGCAGAGAGCGUCGAAGCGCAGCAGCACCCUGGAGGAGGUCAACAACAGUGUUAAACUGCUCAACGAGAUGCUCAGCCACUUCAGCAGGGACCAAUCAACGGACGGAGACAAGGAGCUUAUCAAAGAGCUUUACGGUGACUGUGACAAGUUGAGGGGGACUGUGUUCAAGCUGGCCACAGAGACAGAGGACAAUGACAGCAGCUUAGGUGACAUAUUGCAGGCCAGUGAUGACCUGUCCCGCGUCAUCAACUCCUAUAAGAGGAUUGUGGAGGGACAGACUGUCAAUGGAGAGAUGGAGCCACUUGGACUGUCAACUACUACACAAUGUACCAAAGACAGCAACCAGUCUGAGAUCCUGGUAGACCUGGCUGGUCUGGACCUCCAGAGCCCCUCCCCACCAGAGCAUCCUCCUCUAGCCCAGCACGCAGACUUCAUCCCAGCCGACCUGCUGUACGGGUCUGCCCCCCUCCAGGAUCUUCAGGCCUGCCCUGCCAUGGAGGACCCCAGUCCCAGAAAACCCUCUGCUGCACUGUCUUUACUGGACAAGGAGCUCCUCUCUCUAGGACUUAAUGACCCAGUUCCUGCAAAAGAUGACUUGAAUAAUCUGUGGAGGACAUUUUUGCAGGCUCCCAACCCAGUUUUGGACCUGUUUGGCAGUGCCCUCCCAGCUACUGUAUUCUCUGCAGCUUCUACGGACCAGUUAGGAGCUUCUACAACAGAGCCUGUUUCUAAGACAGCCGCCCCACAAUCCUCAGUGGCGGCCUCCUUCCCCUACCCCAGUGCCGCUGCCCAGGCAGUCUCCGCCUCCUUCCCCUACCCCAGUGCUGCUGCCCAGGCAGUCUCCGCCUCCCUGAACCACAGUCUGCAGGACCUGGCCAUGUUGGAUUUGGGUAGCCCCAAGAGCAUGCCUGGUGUGAUCAACAGUGGCGACCUGUUUGGGAUGGGUGAGGCUAUGGGUGCCACUGCCUCCCCGAGAAUUGGGAUCCCCGCCUCCAGAUCCAGCCCUCUCCCUCUGGGUAUCCUACCGGCUGCUGCUGCUGCAGCCCCUACCUUGUCCCCUAAGACCCAAGCUGAUGACAGCCCCCUUCUCCGCUCCCUGUCCCCCAUCUUGAUUCUCCCGCUGGGGCAGGCCAGCCCAGCCAAGUUCCCUGAGAUCUCCCUAAGUAACGUCCACGUCCCCCUAGAAGCCAUCAAGCCAAGCAAGCUGUGUCCUGUGACGGCCUAUGAUAAAGACGGGGUCCGCGUUCUCCUGCACUUUGCCACCGACUGUCCGCCGGGCCGGCCGGACGUGCUGGUGAUGGUGGUGUCCAUGUUGAACACGGCACCUCUUCCCGUCAGGAACAUAGUCCUACAGGCUGCUGUACCCAAGUCGAUGAAGGUGAGACUACAACCGCCCUCGGGAACUGACCUGGCGCCUUUUAACCCCAUCUUCCCCCCCACCGCCAUCACUCAAGUCAUGCUGCUGGCCAACCCACUAAUGGUUCAGGAUCCAUUAUUCCAUCCUUUGUUACUUGGAGAAGGUCCGGAUGAGAUACAAGCUGACGUUCACACUGGGAGAGCAGCAGUGCACAGAGACUGGGGAGGUGGACCAGUUCCCCCCAGCUGAGAUAUGGGGGGCUCUAUAGCCCCCCUAACCCCAAAAUGGUGCCAGGGACAAUACAGCAACACAUGGUGGGGACAGCUUGAGUCAGUUGACGCUACAAAGACUAUUUGGGGGAGAAUCAAUGUAUUUGCGAAUGUUUCAUAUACUAGUAAGUUAUUAGGCGCUAUUAUCAUUAUGCCAUUCGUUACAUUGUCCUUCUGUUAGGUGUCAUGUUUAUUUAUAUAUACUUCAAACCCAAUCUUCUCUGAAUGGAAUUGUUACAGAAUUGCUGCACUUUAGAAAUGCCAUACAGACUUACAAUGUUUGGUUUUAGAGCAGUCAUAUACACUUUGAAAUUUAACUUUAAACGGUCAAGAAGAGCCAGCCUAGAAUGUGAUAAGAGUGGAAGUUAUCACAUGAUAUAUAUCUGGCACUUACACAAUACUUUUACAAUGAACUACCAGUAAUUGGACAGGGAAAAUCUCCCGAUUGUCAGUUAAUGGAAAAGAAGUCCUAGACUAGUAGCAUACAUGUAUCUCUUUUCCGCCUGCCCCCUUUCACUUUAUUCCAAAUACGAUACCUCAGUAGAAAAUGAUGGAGCAGAUAACUGACAGUACAGACAGCUAAAUGCUGAACACUUGCAUAAUGUUGUUAAGGUCUUUGAAUAUAUUCAAAAUAAUUAUUUGUAUUUUGGGAGUGCUAUUUAUCUGGUCAGGUGGGAAUUUUCUAUUUCUACCUAUAUAUUUCUAUUAGUGCUAUUUUGACAUGUUUCAGUUAUGGGAGGUGGUGGCCUGCCAAGAUGUGUGACUGUGAAUCUUUAAGUAUUUAUUUAUUUAUUUUGAGGUGCUUGUCAUGAAAGUAUUGGUUUCCAGAGAUGGUGUUAGCUAAGCAAGCUCUGUCUUCUGUUUUGAGAUCAGUUUACUGCUGAAAUUCUUCCCUGCAUACUUAACUUUGAAUGGCUUGGUAACAAUUUAAUAUUAGUUUGUAGAAACCUGGGGCUUAUCCAGGAGGGUGAAAUAUCGCAGCACUUUCAGAUAGACCUGUAUUGAGUAGAAUAGGGAAGCUUGUCAGCUCUAUACAUUACAUUUCUAUCUGCGACAUCUUAACCCUUGCAUCCCCAUUCAAACAGCCUAUGGUGAAGGUGCUUUGCCUGCAGUGGUACAAUAGGACAUUAAUUGGUAUCUCAAAAUAGGGCUUAUGGUUGUCCCUUGCAAUGUACUUGUAUGUAACAGGAGUGUGACUAUCUAUGUCUAUUCUGUCUGUCUGCGUUCUGAAGCCAUUUUCUGUUAUCAGUACCAGUGUUACAAUGGGAGGGGUACUCUUCCAAACUUUAAUAUAAAUUGUUGCUCUAUUUAUUGUCCAUUUUAGAGAUUGGCAAAUUAAUUCAUGUGCAUUAAAUGUGUGGUUAUUUAAUGGGAUUGAACAGAAGUAAGUACUGUAUAUGUAUUUUCGAAGAACUGUUUUACCGCAUGAAGAAUUAAAUUCUUAAUUUGAAAGAA